GAAUCGGGAGCAAUGGGCGACUGGAGCUUUCUGGGGCGACUACUGGAGAAUGCGCAGGAGCACUCCACGGUCAUCGGCAAGGUCUGGCUCACCGUUCUGUUCAUCUUCCGCAUCCUGGUGCUGGGCGCCGCGGCCGAGGAGGUGUGGGGCGACGAGCAGUCGGACUUCGUCUGCAACACCCAGCAGCCCGGCUGCGAGAACGUCUGCUACGACAGGGCCUUCCCCAUCUCCCACAUCCGCUUCUGGGCGCUGCAGAUCAUCUUCGUGUCCACGCCCACGCUCAUCUACCUGGGCCACGUGCUGCACAUCGUGCGCAUGGAGGAGAAGAAGAAAGAGAGGGAGGAGGCGCUGCCGAAGGGCAACGGCCUGCAGCAGGGCGCGGCCAGCCCCAAGGACAAGCCCCCGGCGCGGGACGACCGCGGCAAGGUGCGCAUCGCCGGGGCCCUGCUGCGGACCUACGUCUUCAACAUCAUCUUCAAGACGCUGUUCGAGGUGGGCUUCAUCGCCGGCCAGUACUUCCUGUACGGCUUCGAGCUGAAGCCGCUGUACCGCUGCGACCGCUGGCCCUGCCCCAACACGGUGGACUGCUUCAUCUCCCGGCCCACGGAGAAGACCAUCUUCAUCAUCUUCAUGCUCGUGGUGGCCUGCGCGUCCCUCUUGCUCAACAUGCUGGAGAUCUACCACCUGGGCUGGAAGAAGCUUAAGCAGGGGAUGACCAACCGCCUGGGCGUGGACCCCGUGGAGGCCGGGGUGGUGGCCGCGGAGCCCCUCGCGCUCCCCGCCGCCUCGGGCCCGGCCGCGGUCGCCGUCGGGUUCCCGCCCCACUACACGCGCUCCGCCUCGCCCCUGGCGCAGGCCGGGCCCGCGGGCUACCCCGGCGCCCCGCCGCCGCCGGCGGACUUCAAAGCGGUAGCCCUGUCCGAGGCGCCCGGGAAGGGCCACGCCGCCAAACUCUACAACGGCCGCCACCACCUGCUGAUGACCGAGAACUGGGCCAACCAGGCGGCCGAGCAGCAGGCCCCGGCGCGGAAGGCCUCGCCCGCCGCGCCCAGCCCCGCGGGCAGCAGCCCCUCGCCGCUCCCGCCCGAAGACGCGGACGCGGAGGGUGAGGGCGGGGCGGGGGGCGCGGCGCCCCUGCUGCUGGCGGACGGCAGCGGGAGCAGCAUGGAGGGGAGCGCCCUGGCCGUGACUCCCGAAGAGGAGGAGCAGGCGGUGACCUCGGCGGCCGAGAUGCACGCGCCGCCCGCGGUCCCUGCAGAUCCCGCAGACCCCGGCCGCUCCAGCAAGGCCAGCAGCGGGCGGGCCAGAGCGGACGACUUGGCCAUCUAGUGGCGGUCUCUCCAGACAGCUUUAUAAUAUUCUUGUUUCUAGAAACCAAAACCAAAGUGCAGUUCAAACCAGCAGGUAGAGCCUGAAAGUGACCGCUGGAGGCCCAGGAGGCGGACGAUGGAGCAGAAGAGAUCAGGUUUCCGUGUUUAAUGCUUGCUGUUCUUUAACACUGUGAGUUAUAGUGGGGGUGACACCAAUGUUUCUGAGAUAGAGGGGUGGGGGGACACAGGGGAACAAAGGUUGUUGGCCUUUAAAGAUCUUCACGGCAGCCCUGCAGCCCAGAAGCCCGGCUGCUGUUGGGCCCGGGCUGCGGUCUCUGUGGGUAACUGUUCUGUUGUGGCAAAGCAGCAGGUGUCUGCAGUCCCUCCAGCUCCGGCGAUUAGGUUUUCCAUUCCUAAGCUCUCCAGAGCCUCUGGGCAGCCCAGAGUCCUAGACACACUUAGCUCUAUCUCUGUUUGAUACUUUUAACUUAGAGUUGAAUUUCAUUUGGGCUAUUUGCCAAACUGCACUAAAAAAAGAUUUAGAGCAAGUCUAUCUAGUGUCAUUUGGGUUUCUGAAAUUGCAUGUGAAGCCCAGGAUAUCAAACUACAGGCUUCAUGACAAGUGACAAAGAGCAUUUACCCUCCAGAGGCAGAUUCUAUGGGCAAGGGCCACAGAGGUUGCUGGUAGGAGGCAGGUGGGGAUGCAGGGACAUUUGAGAUCCUUUUUAAACUGCUGAGGAAAUUGACAUAAAAGUGUGUCAGGUAUGCCUUAGGUAUUUAUUUUUAAAAUGAUACUUUGUGCUUUGAUCUGAAUGAUACAGAUAGGUCUGUUUUCUCCCACUUUCAGGAAAAAUGAAAAAGAAACAGUACUGUUAAAAUGGGUACUGACCAAGAGUAUGCUAAUUUGUCUGAAUACAUAUUAGUAAAGAUUUUAAACUUUCUUUUAAAACAAAAUUCUUCCACUUUAUGAGUCAGCUAAUCACGAUGAGAAUGUACUAUAUAAAAUAAAAGCAGGGGGAAAUUUUAAGUUCAUUUCAAAUACCUGAAGUUGUGAAGUUUUUGAAUGGGAAGUUAAAAGUUAACUAUGUUGCCAGGAAAACUAUUUAUACAGAUGAAUCAAUGACAAUCUACGCGUGUGUUGUUUUUUUUUUUUUUUAAAGACAGUACGGAAUAAAACACUUCAA